UGAUGGGUUUUUAUCUUGCGAAAGUGUUAAAAUUCUCAGGAUAAAGAGUAGAGUACAGAGUGAGAGUAGAGUGAGAGAAGGUCCUGAACAUGUUCUUAUUCUUCACUUUUCUAAACAUCAUCUGUAUCAUCUUCCUCCUGCCUGCGGGACUCAGGGCUGUAUCUACAGUAACAGGACUGAAAGGUCAGUCAGUUCAGAUCAGAUGCUCCUACAGGUCUAAAUACGUCUCCUGUAUGAAGUAUCUCUGCAGGGGGAGAUGUUCCUCCUGGGAGGUUAAAGAUGUUCCGGUUCGGUCCGGACCGGGUCCUAAAGAUCAGAGAUUCUCUCUGGAGGACGGUCCAGGAGCCGGGGUCUUCACCGUCACCAUCACUGACCUGAGGUCAGAGGACGCAGGGAUGUACUGGUGCGGGGUGGAGAGGCCGGCUCGUGUGGAUGUUUACACAAUGAUACGACUACGGGUUCAAACGGAUGAUUUAAUACCAACUACCCCAGUUCAGACCAAGCCCACAUACCUUUCACCUUACCCAUCAGCAGGUUUGAUCGUUCUGUAUGUCUGCAUUCCACUGCUGCUCUCGGGAAUCACCAUCAGUGCUGUAAUCUUUUACUGUAAAUGGAGGAAAACUGGAGGGAUUCAAAAUUCUGCCAUUCUACAAAGAGCUGCAAGACCUGAUGGGGGUGCAAUCGAUCAUGAAUAUAAGCCUCCUGGAAGACAAAACCAUGUGGCAGUGAUUUCAGUCUACCAGAGCCUGAAUUUCAACACUAACCAAUCAGAUUCAGCGUACCAGACUCUUCACGUCAACAGCAACCAAUCAGAUUCAGCGUACCAGACUCUACACGUCAACAGCAACCAAUCAGAUUCAGCGUACCAGACUCUACACAUCAACAGCAACCAAUCGGAUUCAGCAUACCAGAGUCUAAACUUCAACAGCAACCAAUCAGAUUCAGCAUACCAGACUCUAAACGUCAAGAGCAACCAAUCAAAUUCAGGAUACCAGACUCUAAAUGUCAAGAGCAACCAAUUAGUUUCAGGAUACCAGAAUCUAAAGGUCAACAUCAACCAAUCAGAUUCAGCGUACCAGACUCUAAUCGUCAACAGCAAUCAAUCAGAUUCAGCAUACCAGACUCUAAACGUCAAGAGCAACCAACCAAAUUCAGUCUACCAGACUAUGAACAUCCACAUCAACCAAUCAAAUUAAGUCUACCAGGCUUUGAACUUCAACAGCAAUCAAUCAGAAUCAAUCUAUUAGAGCAUAAAUCUAAAUACAGCCAAUCAUAUUCAGUCUAUCAGAUACUUACCACAAAUACUAUCAAUCAGAUUCUGUAUAGUAAAGUCUUAAUCAUUAAUGUCAAUUUAGAAACCUCAACACUAACCAAUCAGAUUCCGUCUACCAAUGUCUACACCUCAACACUAACCAAUCAGAUUCCGUCUACCAAUGUCUACACCUCAACACUAACAAAUCAAAUUCAGUCUACUAGAGCCUAAACCCAACACUUACCAAUCAGAUUCAGUUUACUAGAGCCUAAAAACAACCAAUCAGAUUUGGUUUACCAGAGGCUGAACCCAACACCAACCAAUCAGAUUCAGUUUACUAGAGCCUAAAAACAACCAAUCAGAUUUGGUUUACCAGAGGCUGAACCCAACACCAACCAACCAGAUUCAGUAUAACAUCCUAAACCUCAACACCAACCAAUCAGAUUCAGUCUACCAGAGCCUAAAAACAACUAAUCAGAUUUGGUUUACCAGAGUCUAAACCCAACACCAACCAAUCAGAUUCAGUAUAACAUCCUAAACGCCAACACCAACCAAUCAGAUUCAGUCUACCAAAGCCUAAACCCCAAAACCAACCAAUAAGAUUCAGUUUACCAGGGCCUAAAGCCAACACCAACCAAUCAGAUUCAGUCUACCAAAGCCUAAACCCCAAAACCAACCAAUAAGAUUCAGUUUACCAGGGCCUAAAGCCAACACCAACCAAUCAGAUGCAUCAUCAGAUUUCUAAUAUCAAUGUAUAAGGAAACAUUUACUAUUUCAAUCAAAUGCCUCAGUUUUGUAAUGAUUGCUAGAUCUUUGCAUGUUUGCUCCUUGUUUCUUUGGGUUUUUUUUCCCAAAUACUUGAUUUAUCCAGUGUUUGAACUGGCUUGGGUUUGGUUUCUCUUUUCUAAUAAAACUACCCUUUCUUUUA